AUGCGAGAUCAAAGGCCAAGAGAAAAGGAAAUUUUGAGGGAUGAGUGCAAGGAGAUAGGGUUCACGGCGGUGGUGGACAUGAGGGGCGCAGGCUCCACUUGGACCACGGUCAAGCCGAUCCUCAAGGUCUUGCACGACCACUUCGCCUCUGCCAUCCACGUCGUCUACAUCAUCAAGCCUGACAACUUCUGGCAGAAGCAGAGGACCUCGCUCGGAUCUCACAAGUACAAAUUCGAGGUAAGCUAUUAG